UUUCUUCUUAUCUUAAAUUAUUGCUAUCGUUUUAAUGCGAUCGCACGUUUUGUUUAUAUCUGUGCAGAAAUCACGAUUUUCUUUUUUGAUAGUGAUACCGCAAAGAAGGGAGAAACAAGAUAUAAGUCACGAUUUUUUAAUUUAUUAUCGUCUCUUUUUUUUUGGUGAUUUCUUAAGCAAGAAAGUAAAAUGAAAGCUUACAUCUGUGUGAUCUCAUUGCUGCUGUGCGGACUUUUAUCAUGUGCAAGACCAUUUCACUGCCAAUAUGAAAGCAUUGGUUACGACGAAGGUACUUACACAAUAUCUAAAUGCAGAAGGUUAACCUGUAAUAGGCUCGGUUACGUAACUAUAGAAGAAUGCGUUCCAGCUUUAAACGCAAACACCUGUCGGAUGGAAGGUUACAUUUAUGCAUAUCGUCCGCCUGAUUUUGAUAAAACAUUUCCGGAAUGUUGUGCAAAAUCCACUUGUACCGCUUUUAUUUCCUUUGGAAAGUAACUUGUUACUUUUAACGUCAUUACCAUUAUGUUACAUUUCCUUGAUUUCAAUCAUUACGUUUUUCUAUCUGUAAUAAUUAUAAGAUAUCCGUUGAUCUAAGGUUUCCAAUUUAUCAUCUAAGAGAGAUAAAUUACAUAAUAAAGUUUGUAAAAUCUGACCUUUUGGAUUACUUUUAAAUACAAUUACAAAGUUUCGUCUCAUAACCAACUGUAAUAAUUUUAUAUUCUAAACUAUAAAGUUUCUAAAAAUUUGAAUUCUAAAAGAUAUUUAAUAUUUUUGUAAAAGAUUUAAUGCAUAUAAUGAUUGUAUUAAAGAAAACUCGAAAUUGUAAGUCGAAAUAUUUACGGUUAUAUUUAUACGUACGUUAUAACAGUAAUCAAAGACCUUUAUCAACUGUUUAACUGAGUAAAGUUAUUUAUUCAAUUUGCACAUAAAAAUCUACUUUUAUACGUACCUUUUAAUUUAUAUAUUUAUUUUAGUUUAAUUCAAUUCUCAGAGUUGUAAAUUGAAUUAUUGCUGUGGAUAAAUUUAAUAUAAAGAAAAGCCUCUUUAAUAUAUGUAUGAUGUAAUUCUAAAUCUUAGUAUUUUAAUAUAACAUUGCAAAGAAAUGACGAAUUGUUACUUUCUAAACAAUGAUAACAAUCACACAUUACUUUUCAAAUAACGACUGCUGCAUUCAACUCUGCAUUCAACAUCCAUUUAGAAACUAACAAUAAGAUUUGUAUAAUAAGAUGUUUUUUAAUCGAUAACGUUAUUAUAAAUAAAUGUGGUUUUUCUUAAAUUUAUCGAUAUUUUUUAUUUCUCCAUUUGCUUAAUGUUUAUCGAGUCUCAAUAAAGAGUCUCGGUAUUUUUUAUAAAUAAAAAUAAUUAAUUGUUAUUAAUUCUCAAAAAUUAAAAAAAAAUUUAAAUUUUGUUAUUACUAUAAUUCAACACAAAGAGAGUUUACAAGAUAUCGUGAAUUUUAUAAUAUCACAACUGGUUCAUAACGAUCUUCUCUCCUCUAAUAGAUAAAUAUGCAGAUACAUACCAAUUUUUUAAAAUUGUACAAUUAUCUUUGAUUAUCAAAUAUUUUAUUUACUGAGAUAUGGGAGAUUUGCUAUAAAUUUUGUUCUUUUCUCCAUUUCUUUUUCUCCAUUUGUCUUUUUCUCCAUUUCAUAAACUUUGUUGUUUAAUACACAGAAAUAUACUUUACUUCGUCAAUUUAUAAUUAGCUCGUUUAUUAUAUCGUAUAUAAAUUUUGCUUAAUACUACAUCAGUUUACAGUCCAAUUUCUCAGAUGUUAUUAUUCUUUAUUAUGUAGAAAUAAAUUACUAUAGUAUUGAUAAUCUUCCUUUAAAUAUAAUAAAAAUAAAACUAUAAUUUUAUCGCAUUUAUAAUAACAUGUCCGAGUACAAUUUACAGAAUUUUGGCUUCGGUUGGUUCUAGCUUUGACCGCCUGCAUACAAUAAAUGCAUGGCACCAAAAACAGAUUAUGAUAAUGACGUCGAUCGGAAUGGAUCGUGUGAAAAAUGAUUUUUAAUAAUCAUUUUACUCACAAGUCAUAAAUACAAUAAUUACUUUAAUGUCUUUUUGAUAUCAUAAAGACUUUUUCUGUUCUGUUAUUAAAUUUAGGUAUUAAACUUGAUCUUUUCUCUAAUCAUAGUACACUGUUUAAUUAUGGGCCUAAUAUUAAUUUAAUCAUCCUUUUUUCUUUUUAUCUUAAGUUAUUGCUAUCUCUACGUGUGAUAUCACAUGCUUUGCUUUAUGCCUGUUCAUGUAGAAGUCAAAAUGUUUUUUUUUUUAAUCGUAUUGCUAUAAAGGAGGGAGAAGCAGAAUAAAAGACACGGGGGUGUCUUAAUUUAUUAUCGAUUCUCUUUUCUGCUUUUAUUCAGCAAUAAAGUAAAAUGAAGGUUUACGUCUUUGCGAUCUCAUUGCUGAUGUGCUGGCUGGCUUGCCAUGCUAGGGAAAUACAAGGUUACAAAGGAAUGUGCGCAUAUAAAAACAUGCUUUAUAGCGCAGGCGUAUACGAUAUGGACAAGUGCAUCCAACUAACUUGUCAGUAUGAUGGUGAAAUAGUUUUAAAUGCAUGCCCUCCACCAGCAUCCUGUCCGGAAGGAUAUGAGAUAGAUUCUCAUUGGUCUGAUCCUAACAAACCAUUUCCAAUCUGCUGUGGAAAAGUCAUUUGUACCCCAAUAUUACCAGAUAAUUUAAAACAUCUUAAAAAUCUAAAGCUAUAAUAAUAAUGUAUAGGGUAAAAGACUUAAAGAAAAUAAAAUAAAGCAUAAAAAUGUACGAGAAGAGAGAUAUUACAUGUGAAACUAAGUUUUAUUGAUGUAGUAUGCGUACUGAAGUAUAAUAAUAUUUAUUUUACAUGAAUUGGCACCAAAAAAUGGACGCAUAAAAGAUUAAGCUCUAAUUAGCUACAAUGCAAAAUAUGCGCAAAAGCACAUCAUGUUUCCUUACAUGAUGCUUUCGUACAACUAUGAAAUUUUGUCUCAUAACCGAUAACAAUUUUGUAUUUUAAACUAUAAGGUUUUCAAGAAUUUGGAAUUCUGAAAAUUAUUCAGUAUUCUUUUAGAAUAUUUAAUGUAUAAUGACAUUGUAUUAAAGAAAACUCCAAAUUGUAAGUCGAAACAUUUACGGUUACAUUUGUACUCCACGUUACAACAUUAAUUAAACGCCUUUAUCAACUAUUUAA